GGAAGGGCGCCCCUGGGCUGGAGGCCGGAUGUUUCAGGCUCUGGGCGCCGGUUUUGGCUCGCUUGCAGCCGGAGAGACGACGCUUGCAGUCCUUCACUCUGGCUUUCCCAUCACGGUCUGCCGUGGCAGUGCAAUCGGAUGGGCGCAGCGCCGUUCGCCGCCGCGCGCCACAUAGCGGCCCACACACUGCGGAGAAGCAAACAUCUGGUGGAUCGAGAUGGGUAUGGAAAGAGCGGUGACGCAGCCUGACAGCAGUCCUUCUAUAUUUUGAACAGAGUCCAAGUUCUCACAGAUUUUUCCUUCAUCCUCGUCCAGAUUGAUCCUCGACCUGCCCUCGUCUUAGCAUUGGAGAAGAAGACAUCGUCUGAUGUCUGAGCUUGGCCAGGGAGGGGGGCAAGCGACCGCGCGUCCGCGGCGGCAGCCCGCGGAUGGCUCCCACCGGCGUGUCGCUGGACCAGUCGGAGCAUCCGCGGGUCGUAGUGCAGUUCUGGCGACAGGGGGUGGAGCCACGUGAUCUGGAAUUGUUAUGCCUGCAUUCGACGGGUGGUCACUGGACCAGUUUUCAAUACAUAUGCCGAUCAGUUGGUGCUGGUUCCAGCUCGGAGCAUUUUUUCGGAGGUGGCCUCGAAACAGUUCUGAACACUGGCGAGAGGAGCAGAGGGCAUCCAGCAUGCAUCAAGUCUUUUUUGCCUCGCGCUUAUUUGACGAAUCGCCGCCGCCUUGCGGGUUUCAUCGCUUGUGUUGCGAAUCACGUUCGCGUCUGUCAUUGGUGCACGCGGGCUCAAAGAGCUGACUGACGGCACUGCGGACAGAACGGGAGUGAGCGCAGCUAGAGGGCGCGUUCCGGCACCGUUAGUAUUGCUCGUCCCAUCGCUCUCUCUGAACCACCUCUGAUUGACCAUCCUUAGGGCCAAUUAUAUCGCACAACCACAUCGAAUGCAUCGAUCUGUUUACCAGCACCUUCAGUCAGACCCCCGUCGCCCACAAGUGCAAUAGUCUUGGGGCCGAGCUCGUGUAGCCAUUUAGCGCAACCGCGGGGGAUUCGGUUGAACAGCUCAGGCGCUGAUUCAAUCACGUGUGCAACUGCGUUUUUCUUCGCGCCCAUCUCUGGAGUAGGGUGCGCCAUUUUUGAACCGAAAUGACGUCCUCAAGUCUUGGGCCAACAUGGCUGCAGGGAGCGA